AUGGCGGCCAGUGAGCCAAUGCCAUUUCCACGCCGCCUAUUUCUAACCGAUCGUGUCUCACGAAUACAAUUUCUUAUUGACACUGGAGCCGAUUUAUGUGUAUACCCACGCAGUGUGGUUCAAGGUCAACGAGAUAAAUCGGACUACUCCCUAUCAGCAGCCAACGGGACGACCAUUGCUACGUACGGAACUAUUACACUUGCUCUUGAUUUCGGACUUCGUCGAGUUUUCACUUGGAGAUUUGUGGUCGCGGAUGUAUCCAAGCCUAUCAUUGGUGUGGAUUUUUUAAACCAUUAUAAUCUUUUGGUAGAUAUACGUAAUCAACGUCUCUUGGACGGUCUCACGCAACUCACUGUACAGGGUCAAGCUGCGAAAUGCGACAUACAAUCCAUCAAAACAGUUGUCGGAACAACAAGGUACCAUGACUUAUUACAGGAGUAUCCUGAGAUAACCCGACCUGUUGGAGUAAUCAAGGACAUCAAACACAACACCAAACAUUACAUCCAGACGACACCAGGAUCUCCCGUCGCGUGUAAACCAAGGCGUCUAGCCCCUGACAAACUCAAGGGAGCCAAAAAGGAGUUUGAGACUAUGCUAAAUUGGGUAUAG